AUGAAGAAGAUGCUCUCAACCUCAUUUUGCUUUGGACUCCUAACUUUAUCUGUGAUGAUCUUUUUAGACUCAGUGCAUGGACGGCCAUAUCUUACGCAAGGAAAUGAAUUGUUUCCAGAUAAAGAAGAUACAAAUCAUGAGGACCUAUUGUUGGCUCUACUGAGUAAAAAUUUUGAUUUCCAAAGACCUUCCAACAUUGAUACAGAACUGGCUAACAGAUUGGAAGAAUUUAACCAGCUGGAAAAGCUGAAAAAACAGCUUAUGGAAAUAAAGGAUGCUGAGAUGUCCUAUGCUGUAGAUGGUCUAUCCUCUUCCCAUCCUAACAAAAGAGCUUGCUUUUGGAAAUACUGUGUCUAA